AUAAAAAAAGUAUAAAACAUAUUCCAGACCUUAAAUGUUUCUAUCAUUUUUCUUUGCUACAUAACUUUUGAUUUUCCGGUAAACUUUUUCCAAUUUUCCAGAGAAAUACCCUCAAUCCCACAAUACCUUGAGGUAGUUCUGCAAGAUGGCGGCUCUUCUAAGGAACUCUGCAAGGAUCUCAUCAGUGUUAGCUAAAGGAUGUUUUCGGCCAUCGUGCUUGUUAACGCGAAGUAUUCCGAUUACUACUACGUCGUUGGCUCGCAAGCAGGAAGAUUUUUGGACUAAAAAUACCCGUCUUAAUAGACCAAUGUCUCCUCAUUUGACAAUUUAUAGGCCACAGUUGACUGCCAUGCUCUCAAUAACUCAUCGUGGAACAGGAGUAGCUAUGACAGCAGUUACAACCACCUUUGCACUUGCUGCCCUGGCACUGCCUGAGAACUUUGAGCAUUAUUUGAAUUUGAUAAAAGCUUUGGAAAUCCCAGCCAUGAUCAUUUUCAGUGGCAAAACUGUUUUGGCUUGGCCGCUCUGCUACCAUGCAUUUAAUGGGAUCAGACAUUUGGCAUGGGAUCUCGGAUAUGGUUUUGACAUGGGUGUUCUGUACAAGACUGGCUGGCUUGUGUUCUUUGGUUCUAUGUGUGCUGCUGCAGCUCUGGCGUACUUCCUGUGAAUACAAUACCUUGACCCUUUUUUUUUUCAUAUUAAGAAUGACAGAUUGAUCUGAAAAAGAGGCCAUGUUUCUUACAGAGUAGGAUCAUAAGAUGUUUGUGCAGAGGUGCAUGUGAACUUGCUUAUUUUUUAAUAUGGUCUGAAAAUUAGGUACCAACAUUUCUGAAUAUUUUUCUCAGCCUUGACUGCUAAUCUAAGAAGUAAGCUUAUUGAGAUGCUCUCCUUUGUACUUGCCAUCUUUAGGAAAUUGUGGCUAAGUUCAUAGUUUGUGUUUGAUUAACAACUGUAUGUAACUAGAAAAGCUGUAUUACUUUUGUAAAUAAUGGUAUAAUGCUACAUUAUUCUGUGGAUUAAUAAGAGUCAAACACUAGAAAAGGGAUUGAAUUCUCUUCAGUUUUGUUGUGAUUUCUGUUCUUCUAUCAGUAGCUAGUUUAUCUGUGUUACAAUAUAAUGUUGUGGAGAGAAAAUAUUUGAUUAAAGGAAUAAGAGAAACCCUUAGUUUGGUUUCUUUUGCUCCUAAGUCUGCGAGAGUUUUGGGUACUAAUCCCUUCUGCCAUAACUCUUGAACAAUACUGAGGUCCUUGAAAGAGCCUGUAAAGUGAAUUUGAUGCUUGAUUACAGUUUUGUCUGAAA